AUGUUCUUGGUAAUUGGAGCGAUUUCUACCUCUAUACUAUCUAAUGAGUCUUCUCGUAUUCCAUUCUUGAACGGUGAUAAUUUUUUGAACUGGAAGGACAAAAUCCUUCUAACAUUAGGGUGCAUGGACCUCGAUCUGGCACUCCGUGUGGAUGAACCUCUUGAACCCACGGACGAGAGUUCUGCUGCAGAAAAGAGUGCUUAUGAUAAGUGCGAGCGAUCCAAUCGCUUAAACCUAAUGCUCAUAACGUCAAAUAUUAGCCAGAGCAUUAGGGGCUCAAUCCCACCAUCUGAUAAGGUCAAGAACUACAUGAGGGCUAUUGAAGAGCAAUUUGUUAGUUCUGACAAAGCAUUGGAAAGUACCGAGUGUGCGUGA